AGUUCUUUUUUUUUUUUUUUUUUUUGUUAGCUGUUAAUGUGAAGAAAGAUUAGAACUUUGUGAGAUGGGUAAUAAGCUAGUGGGAAGGAGGAGGCAAGCGGUGGAAGAAAAGUAUACAAAGCCACAAGGUUUGUAUGUGAACAACGAUGUCGACAUUAAAAAGCUUAGGAAACUGAUUCUAGAGUCUAAGCUUGCUCCUUGCUACCCUGGAGAUGAUGAAAGCUGUCAUGAACUCGAAGAAUGCCCCAUUUGCUUUCUGUACUAUCCUAGCCUCAAUAGAUCAAGAUGUUGCAUGAAAAGCAUUUGUACAGAGUGCUUUUUGCAAAUGAAGAAUCCUAAUUUAGCUCGGCCUACUCAGUGCCCCUUUUGUAAAACACCCAACUAUGCUGUUGAGUACCGUGGAGUAAAGAGCAAGGAGGAGAAGGGCAUUGAGCAAGUUGAGGAGCAACGAGUUAUAGAAGCCAAAAUAAGGAUGAGGCAGAAAGAAAUGCAGGAUGAUGAAGAGAAAAUGCAGAAACGUUUGGAAUCAUGUUCCUCUAGCACAAGCGCAAUGGCUGGUGAAGUUGAAUAUGGUUCAGCUUCAGCUAUGUCUUAUAAUUCUCCUAUGGAAGAUGCAGAAACUGCUUCAUCUCAGAACACAUCAGUUAGACAGCGAGGAAGCAGGGAUGAUGUUGACCUUGAAGAGUUAAUGGUUAUGGAAGCAAUAUGGCUCUCCAUUCAGGAAACAGAUAUGCAGAGAAGUUCAGGUAGUGGAGAAGUGGCACCUUGUAGUCAGUAUGUAUCAGAAGAAGAACCAGCAAUGCCGUCUUCAUCGUCUUCUUGUGCAAUCUCUGCACUUGCUGAACGCCAGCAAAUGGUUGGUGAAUCCUCCAAUCACAAUCACAACGUCAACGUUUCCUCAUACACUAUGCUUCCUGGCAACUGCGACAGUUACUACGGCAUAGAACAAGAAGUAGACGACAUUGACCAUCACCAUAAUCAUUACCAUAACAACAGUGAAAUGGAAGAAACAGGGAGCAACAGCUAUGUAAGCUCGUACAUGAACGGAGAGACCUUCCACAACUUUCCUCCUCCUCCUAUGGUCAUUGUUCCAGAUAGUUUUGAAGAGCAGAUGAUGAUGGCUAUGGCUGUGUCGUUGGCAGAGGUUCAUGCCACGACCACAAGUGCACCAACUGAAGUUAGUUGGCAAUAAAAUAGUGUAGUAAUGGAAACUCAUGGUAAUCACUUCAUUCAUAUAGGAAGAAAGAAAAAAAAAGAAAAAAAAAACAGUUUUUAUAGAAAAUUGUUGGGUUGUGUUCAAAAGCUUCUUUAUGUCAUUAAAUCUCUGCGGUUCUUUCUUUGGUUCUAUCUUCAUAGACAAAUAGUGAAGAAUAUCACA